AUGGCGUUACCUGAAGCAGUGUCAAACUUUACUGAGUAUACUGCUUCUGCAAUCAGCUGCCAGCCCGCGGAGAAGAAGCGAAAGAGCAUAGCAGCCGCCUACUCCGACGAGGAUGAAGACUACGGAGGUGCCACUUAUGACGGCAAUGACGAGGUUGCGGAAGCCGCUGCCCAAGCAGCUCUUGCUGGUAUUGACGAUAGAAAGCCUAAGCGUGCUCGCAAGAAAAAGGGUGAAGAUCCUGAGGAGAAGCGAUUGAGACGGACCAGGGUGAAAGCUCCCGCGAGCUAUUUGGAGCGGUUAAAUCGGGUCAAGACACAGAAAAUGUUCUUGAUCGAAAGGAACAGGAAUACAAGUCAAGAUGGUACCCAUGAGGAAGAAGUCUUUGAUAUUGCUGGUACUACUGGAAACAUCUACCAAGUCACAGUUAGCAAGGAACCCACGUGCAGUUGCCCUGACAGUGAAAAGGGAAACCAGUGUAAACACAUCGUCUAUGUUCUUGUCAAUGUUCUUAAGGCUCGCGAGGAUUUGGCCUAUCAGUUGGCGUUUCUCACCACAGAGCUCACCGAGAUCUUCACCAACGCGCCCACUCCUCCCAAAUCAGAUGAUGCACCUUCCACUGCGACCGAUACUGGUGGCCAGCGCAAGUCCAUUGACGGCGAUUGUCCCGUGUGCGCUAUGGAGUUCGAGGAGGCGGAGAAUAUUCGCCGCGAUAUUAUUUGGUGCAAGGCUGCAUGUGGUCAGAAUGUGCACCGCCAUUGCUUCGAGCAGUGGGCGCGAGCCAAGCCUGGACAAGACGUCAGAUGCGUUUACUGCCGCUCCUUGUGGAAGGGUGAUGAGGAUACGAUCAAGCGAAUCACUAAAGAUGGGCAAGUGAACGCGGAAGGCUAUGUCAACGUGGCUGGUGAACUGGGACUGAGUGGGCAGCGCGAUAUGAGCACGUAUCAUCCUUUCUGGGUUAGGAAACAACAAGGCUAUAAUGGAUAUCACGGUGAUUAUGAUGGCUAUUGA